AUGGCGGAAGCUCCGGUUGAGGAGAGCGUGAGCCCGAUGCUGUUACCAGGCAGCACCGGCUCGGUAGCAACGGGCCUCCUCAGUCAGCUGCAGGCCACCUCCUGGGACCCGACCCUCAGCGCCGACUGGGACAACGAGAAGCCCUCUCAGCCUUGCUUGCUCCGGAUUAAAAGAGAUAUCAUGUCCAUUUACAAAGAGCCACCUCCAGGGAUGUUUGUGGUCCCAGACCCUCAGGAUAUGACUAAGAUCCAUGCACUAAUCACAGGACCUUUCGACACACCUUAUGAAGGAGGUUUUUUCCUUUUCCUCUUUCGCUGCCCUCCCGACUAUCCCAUCCACCCACCGAGAGUCAAACUUAUGACGACUGGGAGUAACACUGUCCGCUUUAACCCAAACUUUUACAGAAAUGGAAAGGUGUGCCUCAGCAUACUUGGCACCUGGACAGGUCCUGCUUGGAGUCCAGCCCAGAGCAUCUCCUCUGUACUCAUAUCCAUUCAGUCCCUAAUGACAGAGAAUCCGUAUCACAAUGAGCCAGGAUUUGAACAGGAGAGACAUCCGGGAGACAGCAAAAACUAUAAUGAAUGCAUACGGCAUGAAUGUCUCAGAGUCGCUGUUUGUGAUAUGUUAGAUGGCAAGUGUCCCUGCCCAGAAGCAUUGAGAAGUGUGAUGGAGAAAUCUUUCAUGGAGUUUUAUGAUUUCUUUGAACUGUCCUGUAAGGAUCGGCUUCAUCUGCAGGGGCAAACCAUGCAGGAUCCCUUUGGAGAGAGGCGGGGUUAUUUUGAUUACCAGACCUUAUUGUGUCGGCUGCAGGUCAUUAGAAAACAAUUAAAAAAGAAAAACGAAGAGGACAUAGUAGAGGUUGAUUCCGACAGCAGCUCUUCAGGAAAUGAGCAAGACAGUCACGGCACUUCCUAUCCAUAG